UCAAGUAACAGAUGUUUCAGGCUGUGCAUUUCAGAGGAAAUUACACUGAUAUGCUCAUGCAAUACAGCAAAUCCUGCUGCAAAUAUUUGCAGAAUAUUUAUUUCAGGAAUAAGUCCAGCUCUAUUAAAAAAAUGGACGUGAAACAAAAUUACUUGGCUUGCAAAGCCUACAGUGCCCCUUUGCCAGUCCAGCACCACGGCAGCAAUGCCAAGAUAAGACUAAAGAUGAUCGCAGGUGUAGGUCCAGCAAUGUCCAUUCUCCAUGAUUUUCAGAAGGAUUUUGUGCUGCCCACCCGUCCUGUGUCAUUCCAUGGCAAAGCUGGCGGUACUCUGCUUUGAGCAAGCUUAGUAGCAGUCUUUGCCAUUCGCUUCUCCUUGCCUGAGGAACACCAAAGGAAUGGACAUAAGGAUCAGCGUGGGACAUCGCCUAGUAUCUACCCAUCACUCCCGUCUACCAGCUGAGCACUUAAGGCAGAAUCUUGGGUGGAUUCACACCCAGGAUUCCCAUACGACAGCGGCGAAUAUUAGUUUUUGAGCGUAAUGAGUGGUUUUGCCUAGGUAUGUGCCCAGUGCAUGGCACUGUGGAGCUUUGAUUUCACACAGACAAGUAAAGGCUAGCGGGUGAGGUGGAUUUGGACCCUAAGCUCUGUGACCAGCUGGAGGUGGUUCUUGCUUUGGAAGCCCCUUACACCUUUUCUUCAUCCUAUGGAGCAGCACUGCACUGCAAGAGGAGUGGCAGGGUGCGGCCAAGUGAGAUCUGAUAAAGACUGAGCAGCAGCUGGCAAACAUCUCAGAACAGGCAGGGCCAACAUCAGGGUCAGUGUUUACAAAUAAUAAAUCAUGUGAGCAGGCUCACACCAAUGUUUGGGAAAGAGUCUGCAUCACCAGUUUGACCUCCUGCCCAGCUGGAUUUUUUUUCUUUUUUCUCUGAACAGAAAUAAACUGGGGCCCCAUGUUGGAAACUGGGAAAGUGCACAAAAGCAAGCAAUGAAAUAAAGCUGGAACAAUGACCAAUUCAGACAGCGUAGGGGGCCUUCUGCACAUCGUCCACGUCAAAAUUUCCUAAUCCCCAAGAACUUGCUGCAAAAAACACAGGAUGCUUUUAGUACUGAGUGGGUGGCAUUUGCUACGGCAUCCCAAUUGGCUAGGGAACUGGAUGAACCAGGCAUUAUUUCACUGCCCCCUUUCCAACGGGACAUUGCCAGCAGGAAUACAUCUCCGUAAUCUUUUUCACAGUUUAGUCACACGUUCUUAUAGAUUAUACCCUGGCACGCCAGCCCUGAAGCGCAGAGCCUAAUAGGCAGGCUUCCCCCCUCUUCUGCUUCAACUUCGUUUCAGGGGCAGCAUGCCCCUCUCUCCAGCCACGAUUAUUUUGCAGCGGAAAAUUAUUCUGCGGCUCCCGCUGAACAGGACGAGCAGCAGCGAGCGGUGCCCGCAGCGGGGCGGCCCGGCCGCCCCCCGCCCCUCGCCCCCCGCCCGGCCGGGGAUGCACAGCCGCGGCUGCGGCUGCCACGGAUGUCAGAUCCGUGAAGAUUUUUAAGGUGUGAAAGAUCAGUGCGAACACUAAGCUGGAAGCCAAGCCCAGGUGGCCAGCGGAAAGGGAAAAUCAGCAGUAAAUGUGACGGAGCGGCUCCGGCUCGGGGGAGCUCGGCUGGCUGGCAGCCUGUGACCGCUGCGCCGCUGGCCAGACGGGGCCUGCCGUCAGGAACGCUGCCGUUACCGGCGGGGGGCGGCGGGACGGGGGCUCCGGCCGCCCUGCCCGAGUCCCGGCCGCGGGCCCCGGCGGCGGGAGGCGGCGCCUCUCGGGGGGGCGGGCCGGGCCGGCCGGCGCUGCCUUCCGGGGCUCGGCGCGGCGGCGGCCGGAGCCGGGCAGGAUGCGCUCCGCCGGGCCGCUGCUGCUGCUCUCGGCCUGCCUGCUGCUGCCGCUGCUGCUGCCGGCCGCGCCCGGCGCCCGCGGCAGCCAGGAACCGCCGGCGGCGGGGAACGGCAGCCGCCUGCCAGCCGAGCCGGCCGGCGCGCCCGGCAACCACAGCGGGGCCCGGCUCAGCCCCGUGCCCGCGCUGCUGCGCGACCUCUCGGCGCUGAAGGCCGCCGUCAUCGGGGCCUGCGCCCUCACGGCCGCGCUCAUCGCCUGCCUCCUGCUCCGCGUCUUCAGGUCUGGCAAGAGGAUUAAGAAAACCAGGAAGUACGACAUAAUCACUACUCCAGCCGAGCGGGUAGAAAUGGCUCCUCUGAAUGAAGAAGACGAUGAGGAUGAAGACUCAACAGUGUUUGAUGUGAAAUACAGGAGGGAUUAAGAUUUUGGGGUCCUGGUAGAUCCCCACCCCCUGCUUCCCCUGGGCAGUGGAGCAAUGAGAAAUAACCACCUUUCUCCUGUAAGGCAGACCAAUGAGACCACUUCAAAAUCUUAACCAAACAGUCCUUUCUGUGGAUGCAAAAGCCACCCACUGCCUGCCUCAGAAGCGUGUGUGUGCCAGAUUAGAUACCCCCUUCGCGAUCUCAUUUCAGGAGCAGGGAAGCUGUUCUGUCAGUGGCUUCUCUAAUCCUGCAAGCACAAUUUGUGUGACAAGAGGCUGAAAGUAUAAAUCAAAGAUUGUCACAGAGCAAAGAUGCCAAAUCGCUUAGACAUUAACACCUCCUUGAAAAGCUUCAUGGAAACCAGUUUUUUAAUAUGGAGGAUGGUUUUCUGUAUGUAUUUACUCUGGUAUUAAAAGAAGCAUUUGGAUAAGAACUUCAGGAAUUGUUCUGAAAUGAUUAUAGAGCUACACAAAGCAAACUGAACAUGAAAAGGGCGUUUGUUUCUUGAUAGCCAGUUCAGUCUGUGCUGCCGAAGGCUGAGAAGUGUCCCUGUCUGAUUGAUUUUUGGACCAUAUGAACUGUAUUGGUCAUUUUCCAGAUGUCAGAUAUUUUUUCAUUUUUUAUGAUGGGAUUACGCUUGCUGCACAUCUUGGAAAAUGAAUUAGUGGAAAACUAAAUCCCAUCCUCCAAGCGUGCUCUUUCUCAUCCCACCAGUAGAUCUUGAUUUUAAGAUUUCCCUCUGUUCUUUGCAGCUUUAAUGCUUUCUUUCAAGAAGGCAAGGGAAGGUUGCACAGGUUUCAUCAUCUUCUACUUGAUGGAGCUAAGCCAUGGAUUCAUCAGGCAGUUGGCACUGUGUGAUACGCAAGAAGAGAGGACUGAAAUAAAGUAGGUUACCGGCAAAUGUCCCUGACAAACUGGUGUUAGCGUCCAACCCCCGUCACAGAGCACUCUACUUAUUUUGUGUAAUAAGAGAAAAGAGAUUAAAACAGCUGCAAAAAGAACCAGUUUCUGAAAAGGUAAAUAAAAUCGUUAGCUUAUUAAGCUUAUUAACUCUAGCAUAGCUCGUUGGGGGAUUUCUUGUCAGCUUCACUAGAAAAUUAAAAACAAGUACUGAAUAAAUUCUGUGGCGCCUUGCACAUGAAAGGCUUUGAAAGCACUUCAGUAAUCUGGGGUAUCAGCAUUGUCUCCUCUCCCUGCUGACUUGCAGCUGUUGGAGGCAGUGCGUUCCGCUCGCUAUGCUUGCUGAGCACAGCUGGGUGAGUUUCAGAACCAUCCCUGCAGAGCAUUUUGAGUCCAGGGUGAUAGGUGCCACAUGAGAGCCCAGAGUAGGGGAAGAACUUGGAAUUUCAAUGCCAGAGCUGGAAUUGUCCCAGUCCCAGUGUCAGGCUCCUAAAAAAUUGACAAAAGUAAGUUUUUCUUGGGGUGGAUUGAAGUCUCCAUCCCUUCUAUCAGCUAAGUGAAAUUCCUCAGUUUGUUUUCCAUGUGAAUUGUCAUUUUUCCUUCUAACAGCAGCGGCACCAGCAAAAUGGAGAAGCAAUUUAGGAAUGCAUCUUCCAAAGUGCUCUUGAAAGCAGAAAGAUUUAUGUGUAAGGAGUGAUGGCAGGCAGAGGGAAGAGGACAGGAACAUUUAUUCAGCCUUCGUGGGACUAAAGGGCUUUUGAGAGCUUGCAGGAUGUUUUGGAGGAAAGAUGCACCAUGUGUAAAGGCUGGAUUCUGGACUCACCCCUUUUUCGGGUGCCAGUAGCCUUGAACUGUGUGGAAACCUCUUCAUCACAGUUGCAGGGCUCAGCAUUGGAUGUGCUCAAGCCUUUUGGGAGUCUGCAAAGUAUGAGGGUUAUGCUGUUGGUGUCUUCUCUUUGAAUAUGUCCUUUACAGAUCCUGACUGUGUGCAGCUCUGAAUGGAGCAUGGUAUUGUCUGCUUGUUACAGCAAGGUGUUGACUCGCAGGGGAGCAGCUCUAAUGGAUUUUUUGCCAGCAAAAGCUGCAGGCCAUUCUGCAUGGUGCUAGGUGAAUUGAGCUGGGGUUUGUAGCAGCUUGCUUUAUUUUUUAUUCCAGCAGGCUGCAGUGACAAGUUGUGUGUAAAUGGAGGGGUAUCAUUUAUCCUUAUCUGAAGGGGGUACAAAUCACUAAGAGUCAGCUACUUGCUAUAAAUACAACAAAUUGCCAAAGCUUUGGUGCUGCUGUUAAGGAUUUCCCAUGGGUCCACAGCAGGGGAGGAAAGAGAUGGUCAAAAGGUAAUUUUUGUUUGGUGUUUGAAGGCCGGGUUCUUUCCUCAUGUGGCUGUAACAGUUACAGAACACAUCACAUUCUGUUUGCUCAUUCAGUCGAUUAUACACUGGCAGGGCAGUCCUAUGGGGGAGGGCUCUCACCUCCUUUGUGGAGCGUAAGAAGUUCCUGUUAAGGUGGUUUUUUGAAUCCUGAAGCAGUUAAAGCAGUAGGGUGUCAGGAGGAGAAUCCAUAGCAAGGAGGAUUGCCCACCUGUGUUGGUUAGUAAGGAGCUGCGCUGGUGUGAAAAAAGCUGUGAGGUCCCACGAUGCUGUUUCACGUGCAGUGAAGUAGCAGCAGCCCCUGCGCACGGUCCCUUCUCUGGUCUGCACAGUGGCUGGGCGCAGGAUUUUUCAGCACCUGGGUUUUGUCUGAUAUGACUCUGCUUUUUUCUUCGCUUACUCUAGCUUCUCCUGGCAUGGUGUUAACAUCACAUCAGUGCCCAAUGUCACCACAGAAAUCAGCUGCUGGAGGGAACUGAUGGCAAUCACAGUGAAUAAUGCUGCUUUUUGCUUUGUGGCUUUUUGGCUUUUUUUUUUUCCCCACUUUGCACAUGGGUUGUCAUCUCUGCCUGUAAGCUAUUUAAUUGCAAAUCUACAGCUGUACUAAUUCUU